GCACAUACUUAUGGUAUGCAGUUCAUCUUUGCCAUUGGGUGUCAACCCUGCCUACGUUGGAAAGAAGAAGAUAAUUGACGUGUCACAAUUUCGACAAUUGGUGACUGCCCGACCCAACCGAAAAAGGGCGCUUGAAAGAAAAGCCGACACCCAGAAGAAAAACUACUUUGAGACACCUACAGGCAAAUAGAAAAAAGUGCCAACAUGCUGACCAACUUCGAGUCGAAGUCGGCGCGGGUAAAGGGCCUCUCCUUCCACCCAAAACGCCCAUGGAUUCUGGUCAGCUUGCACAGUGGCGUCAUCCAGCUGUGGGACUACAGAAUGCACACGCUUCUCGAAAAGUUUGAUGAGCACGACGGACCUGUGAGAGGCGUAGCCUUCCACCAGCAGAUGCCUCUCUUUGUCUCCGGUGGAGACGAUUACAAGAUCAAGGUGUGGAAUUACAAGCAGCGCCGCUGUAUAUUCACCCUUCUGGCUCAUUUGGACUACGUCCGCACGGUGGCCUUCCAUCACGAAUAUCCGUGGAUUCUAAGUGCAUCUGACGAUCAGACCAUCCGUAUCUGGAACUGGCAGUCGCGGAACUGCAUAUGCGUGCUGACCGGCCACAACCACUAUGUGAUGUGCGCCCAAUUCCACCCUACUGAGGACCAAAUCGUCUCGGCAUCGCUGGACCAGACAGUUCGCGUGUGGGACAUCUCGGGGUUGCGAAAAAAGAAUGUGGCUCCCGGUCCCGGUGGUCUAGAUGAUCAUCUAAAGGGUCACCCAGGUGCCACAGACUUGUUUGGCCAAGCGGAUGCUGUGGUCAAGCACGUGCUUGAAGGCCACGACCGAGGCGUCAACUGGGCCAGCUUCCAUCCCACUCUGCCGCUGAUCGUGUCUGGCGCGGACGAUCGCCUAGUGAAACUGUGGCGCAUGAACGAGUACAAGGCAUGGGAGGUAGACACCUGCCGCGGACACUACAACAACGUGUCCAGCGUGUUGUUCCAUCCGCGUCAGGAUCUGAUUCUCUCCAAUGGUGAGGAUCGCAGCAUUCGUGUCUGGGACAUGACCAAGCGCCAGUGCCUUUUCACAUUCCGGCGGGACAACGAGCGCUUCUGGAUCCUCACGGCGCAUCCUACCUUGAAUCUUUUUGCUGCUGGGCACGACGGAGGUAUGGUCGUUUUCAAAUUGGAGCGAGAACGUCCCGCUUAUGCCGUACACGGCAACAUUCUCUAUUAUGUAAAGGAGCGAUUCCUGCGGAAACUUGAUUUUACCACCACCAAGGACCAAGUGGUGAUGCAGCUCCGACCAGGAAAGUCGCCUGUGUACAGCAUGUCGUAUAACCCGGCACUGAACGCCGUGCUGAUCUGUACACGCACCAACAACUUGGAGAACAGUACGUACGACCUAUGCCAGAUCCCCAAAGACACCGAGAGCCAGAGCGAAUCUGACAGCAAGCGCAGCUCUGGAAUCACUGCCAUCUGGGUGGCUCGCAAUCGGUUUGCAGUACUGGAUCGCAACCAGCAAUUGGUUAUCAAAAACUUCAAAAACGAGGUAACAAAGAAGCUUCCAACUUUCUGCGAGGAGAUCUUCUAUGCCGGAACGGGAAUGCUGCUCAUAAGGGAUCCCGAGUUCGUCACUCUUUACGAAGUCCAACGACUUGUCUCAGUUGGAAGUAUUAAACUGGCCAAAUGCCGCUACGUAGUGUGGUCUCCAGAUAUGUCGCUGGUCGCACUCCUUUGCAAACAUUCGGUGACUAUCUGCGACCGAAGACUGCAGUACUUGUGCACUGUGCAGGAGAACUGCCGGGUGAAGUCUGGAGCCUGGGACGAGUCGGGCGUGUUUAUCUACACGACCAGCAACCACAUCAAGUACGCUAUUACCAAUGGAGACCAUGGCAUCAUCCGUACGUUGGACCUUCCCAUUUAUCUGACACGAGUCAAGGGCAACCAGGUGUUCUGUUUGGAUCGUGAAUGCCGCACUCGCGUGCUUCACAUUGAUCCCACAGAGUACAAGUUUAAGCUGGCCCUGAUCCAGCGCAAGUACGACGAGGUUUUGCACAUGGUGAGGAAUGCCCGUUUGGUGGGUCAGAGCAUUAUUGCCUACUUGCAGCAGAAGGGUUAUCCAGAGGUGGCCCUUCAUUUUGUCAAGGACGAAAAAACUCGAUUUGGGCUAGCUCUGGAGUGCGGUAACAUCGAAAUUGCAUUGGAGGCAGCUAAGGCUCUUGAUGACAAAGAUUGCUGGGAUCGUCUCGGACAAAGUGCCUUGCUUCAAGGAAACCACCAGGUGGUAGAAAUGUGCUAUCAGCGGACCAAGAACUUUGACAAGCUUAGCUUUCUCUAUCUGAUCACCGGCAACCUGGAAAAGCUCAAGAAGAUGAACAAGAUCGCAGAGAUCCGCAAGGAUGUAUCCGCCCAGUACCAGGGUGCUCUUCUUCUCGGUGACGUCAAAGAGCGGGUUAACAUCCUUAAGAACUGCGGACAACUUUCGUUAGCUUAUCUCACAGCCGCUACUCAUGGAUUUGAUGAACUCACUGAAUCCCUGGGCGAGUCGAUUACCUCGCAAGGAAAUACCCUUCCCGAAGUUAAUCCCAACGCACAGUUGUUGCAACCACCCGUGCCCAUUCAGCAGCUGGAGACGAACUGGCCACUUCUGUCAGUUUCUAAGGGCUUCUUCGAAGGCGCCAUGGUUACCAGAGCUGGAUCCAGUGCCACUGCCCGCCAGGCGCUGAACAUCAACGCCGAUGCUGCAGUGCUAGACGAGCACAAUGGCGGAGGUGAUGGCUGGGGAGCAGAUGCCGAUCUGGGAUUAGAUGAUGAAGGAGAUGAGGAGAUGCAUGAUGCCCUGAGUAACGAUGGAGACGGUGGAGUGGGCGGCGAGGAUGGUGCCGGUUGGGAUGUUGGCGAUGAUGAUUUGGUGGUGCCUGAGGAGCUGGCCUCCAAGAUCAAAGCCUCCGCGCUUGACAGCAACUAUUAUGCGGCUCCCAACAAGGGCUUGUCUCCUGCUCAACAAUGGGCAAAUAAUUCCCCAUUGGUGCUGGACCACGUGAAGGCUGGAUCAUUCGAAACCGCAUUCCGUUUGCUACACGACCAGCUUGGAGUCGUAAAUUUCAAGCCCUUCAAACAACUUUUCCUUCAGAACUACGCCUGCUCUCGAACGAGCUACACCGCCAAUCCUAAUCUGCAAUCCCUAAGUGGUUACCCAUUGCGAAACUUCUCCGAGUCAAACAUAAAGCUGCAGCGUCCGGCAGUGGGCAUCAAACUUAACGAUUUGGUAGCUCGUUUGCAGGCUGGAUACCAACUAACAACAUAUGGAAAGUUCACUGAAGCAGUGGAAAAGUUCCAAUCUAUCUUGAUCAGCAUUCCAUUAUUGGUGGUGGACACGAAAAUGGAUACGGCUGAGGCUCAGCAGCUGCUGCGGAUCUGCGCUGAGUAUAUUGUAGGCCUGAAGAUGGAGACAGUGCGCAAGAGCAUGCCUAAGUCAACUCUUGAGGAGCAAAAGCGAUUGUGCGAGAUGGCUGCGUACUUUACACACUGCAAGCUCCAGCCCGUGCACCAGAUCCUUACCCUGCGUACCGCCCUCAACAUGUUUUUCAAACUGAAAAACUACAAGACGGCCGCCUCGUUUGCGCGCCGGCUUCUGGAGUUGGCUCCGCGCCCGGAAGUGGCUCAGCAAGUACGAAAAAUCCUGCAGGCCUGCGAAGUGAAUCCAGUAGACGAGCACCAGAUGCAGUACGAGGAGUUUAACCCGUUCACAAUCUGCGGCAUCAGCUGGAAGCCACUGUAUCGGGGUAAACCCGAGGUGACCUGUCCCUUCUGCUCUUCCUCCUACGACCCGCAGUUCAAGGGAAAUCUUUGCACAGUUUGCGAGGUGAGCCAGAUCGGAAAGGAUAGCAUUGGACUACGCAUUUCCAAUUUGCAAUUCCGUUAGGACGGAAAGCUUGUCGCUUUUUAAAAAUGUGUCCCCCACGCCGAGCGAGCCCUUAGUUUAGUUUUACACGAUUCUUGCUUGUUAUAUAUAAAGUUCAGUAUCUGUAUAUUAUAAUGGUAUAAAAUCAAAUGAA